AUGAAUACCUUCAAAGAUAAUAUCCACAGGGCUAAUCUCUUUGAUCUGGGUUUCAAGGGGCCUAAUUUCACUUGGAAAAGGGGAGCUAUUUGGGAGAGGCUAUAUAGAAUAUUGAUCAUAGGCCUAUGCUUAUCAGCAUUACUUUUACUGAUAAUCAUACCUCCCCCUCCCUUUAGAUAUCUCAAUAUGUGGGCAGCACAUCCUUCUUACAACAAGUACAUUGCUGAUUUAUGGAAAGUUCAAGAGGCAGAAAAUGAAGUAAAAAAAUUGGAGUAUGAGGAACAGAUUGGCAAUGUGGAGGAAAAGGAACUGUUGACUGCUCAGAAUAACCUUCUUAGUGCCAUUGAAUAUCAGGAAAAAUUUCUUGAACACAAGUGGUUACAUGAUGAUGCUGACAUAGCCAAAGAUGUUAUAAAUUACUAUAAAAACCUGCUAAAUCAGGAACAACAUUUCAGAAACUACAUUGAGAAGGCAAACUUCUCUACUAAACUGAAUUUUACUGCUAGCCUCAAGCUCACAGAUAUCCCCAAUGAAAAGGAAAUUUGGAAUGCAAUCAGUUCAAUUGACAACAACAAAUCUGCAGGCCCUGAUGGUUUUACUGCUGAGUUUUACAAAAAGUCUUGGGAGGUAAUUAAGAUUGAUGUUAUUGCUGCAGCAACUAGCUUCUUUAAAGGAAAUAACCUUCCAAAGUAUUUCUGUGCUUCCACCACUGUGCUGAUCAGACAAAUUGCUGAAACCAAUUACAGUUGGGAAUUAGGUAAUGGGGAAAUCAAGUUUUGGCUUGACAAUUGGUGUCCCAAAGACUGGCUAUCCCCCAUUACCAAUAUCUACAAUAGUGAUUUGAAAAUGGCUGAUUGCUGUUAUGGUGAUGAAUGGUCCCUAGGUUUGGAAACAGUUCCUAAAUCAGUUGACAAUUGA